CCGCUCGCAUUGAGAGUCAAAAUUUACAGCCUGCAAAUCGCAGUUAUAUAUCAUCCGGGUGGUCCAAGGAGACGUCGCUAUAGGUUAUGUGUUAAAUGGCAUAGAUUUGACUUGACAAUCACUAUUCCGAAAGCAAAGUUUGAAGAAAAAGCCACGAUGGAAGACCUUGAAGGGAAGACUUCUAAAGCUGAAAUGGAUUUCAUAUCAGAACUCACUAAUGAUAUCAACGCUGCAACAACCAAACCAAUAUCAAAUUCAAUUGAAGAUAUUAAUAUUAAAACACCAGUUGAACAAAAACCCAUCAUGGAGGACCUUGAAGGGAAGACCCCAGAAGCAGAAAUGAAUAUAUCAUCAAAAGGCACUAAUGAUAUCAACACCACAACAUCCAAAUCAAAUGCAAUUGAGGAUAUUAAUAUUACCCCACCGAAGAUCCUUGACGGAAAAGAGCCUAUAACUCCCAUUGUUGGUGUUCCACAAAUUGAAGAAAUUCAGUUCGAAAUUGACUCUGAGAAAGGCAGUGAGAACGAGAGCAGCUCAAUUCCCCAGAGAUUUGCCCCUAUCAGAGAAUAUAACACUUUAGAGGUACUGGACAAUAUUAGGAAUGCAACAAGGGAAAGGUUAAACAGAAACUCACAGUUCUGGGAAUAUCAAGAAAAUCAAUUGCGAAAUCAACUUGAAGAUUUUACCAACCAAUUAUAUAGAAAAACUAUGACGAUGCUGAAAAAGCAUGACAUAAGGCUAAGGCAGAUGUAUAACCAUCUUGAAGUUAUGGAAAAUGAAAUCGAUGAUGAGAUGGCCCCAAAAGUGCAAUCCAUCCAUAAGAAGGGUGAUGCUGAUCGCAUAAAGAUAAAACGAGGAUUUUUAAAAAACCAUAGACUGAAGUGGGAUAACCCGUCUUAUAUUGUACAGAAAAAAGUGGUAUAUCAUGGUAUUUGCGUUUCGACGAUAAUCAAGAUAAUCCUGAAGAGCCGUUUACAGAUGAAGUGCUGGCUGACUUUCCUAGAGAGAUGAAGGAGUUUUGGGAUGCGAAAUGUGUACAAUUUGAGAAAGAAAAACAUGCUUUACUUACAGAAAAACAUAAUUUUCAAGCUUAGAAGGAUUUAACUCUAAUCAACUCUAAGAACAAUAAUCGAACACCCACGGAUGAUUCUUCAGUGGCAAAUGAAGUCACCAAUCCGUCACCUAAACAAAAUCAAGGAGAGAAGAUUGAGUUAAAUAAGCAGGAGGAGGAGGAUAACUUAAAACUUUCUGAUUAAGACGAAACCAAUUGAUAAUGAAGAAAAUACAAUCCUCAAGAAGAAGAUUAAGAAAUUCAACUUUCAUUGAAUUAAUUAUACAAAUUUAUUUAACUUCCCAAUAAAUGUAUUCCGGAUGGAAUGUUUAAGCUAAA